AUGAGUACCGGCUUGGGUAUAAAUUUGAGCUUGCCUGCAAAUGUGGAGCUGGCGUGGAUAGCGCGUAGAGGGAUGCGCUGGAGCGAAUUCAAGCCAGCCGUGAUGGCGAGAGCUGCCUUGGAGGGCCCACCUGAUGCCCUGGUAGUCCAGUUGGGGGGAAACGACUUAGCGUAUCGCAAAGCUAUUGACUUGAGAUGGAACAUUUUUGACGAUUUUGCUGAUCUGAUGGCGAUUUACCCGAACAUUACUAUCUUGUGGUCCUCGUUGCUUGAGAGGAGGACAUGGAGGGAUUGUGUGAGCCCGGUUGGAAUCAAUAAGGCAAGAAAGGUCUUGGAAUGGGCUGUGGAACGUAGAGUGGCAGCUCUGGGCGGGUGCGUCAUAGGGCACCCAGGCAUCCAGUACAGCAACGAGGCCCUCUACAGAUGUGAUGGCGUGCAUCUGUCAGAUGCUGGAAAUGAUAUUUGGAUGAUGACCCAGAUCUAUCAGCAUAGCCUGGCCUUGAUAUUUGCUUUAAAAGAGAUCAAUGAAAAUCCCCAGAUUUUACCUAACGUCACCUUGGGCUUUCAUAUCUAUAAUAGCUACUUUGACACAAGAUGGACCUAUCAAGCAUCAUUGGAACUUUUCUCUACACUGGACAGAUUCACCCCCAACUACAAAUGUGAUAGUCAGAACAAUCUAGGAGCAGUCAUUGGGGGACCUAUCUCUGAAGUCUGUCUCUACAUGGCAGAUACCCUGUGCAUCUAUAAAAUCCCUCAGAUCAUAUAUGGCUCUCCUGUGGUGAUAGAUAAGAAAACCCAAGCUGCUUUCUAUCUCCAAACGUUCCCAAAUUUGAAUCUUCAAUAUGAGACAAUUCUCCACAUACUGCUAUAUUUCAAGUGGACAUGGAUUGGAGUAAUUUCUCGGCACGAUGACAAUGGAGAGAGGUUUGAACAGAAUAUUAUCCCCAUGUUUGCCCAGAAAGGUAUCUGCUUUGAUUUCAUAGUAAGACUUCUCAAAGUGUCUUUUUCCAGUACUAUUAAUGAUAUGGUGGGAGAUGUAAUUGAGAAGACUGAAAUCAUUAUGAAGAGCACUGUCAUUGCAUUGGUCAUUCAUGGUGAAAUAGAGACCAUGCUCAUCCUGAGGAUAUUUUCUAAGGCUUCAGCAUAUGAGCAUAUAUCAACAAAGAGAAAUGGUAAAGUCUGGAUAAUGACAGCUGAGAUGGAGUUCACUUCCAUUCCUCUUCAAAGAGAUUGGGACAUAGACUUCCUACAUGGUGCUAUAUCCUUUGCUGUUCACUCCAGUGAAGUUUUAGGAUUCCAGAAAUUUCUUCUGAUGAGAAACCCCACUUCAGAGAAGGAAGAUGGCUUCAUUAGGGUUUUCUGGGAGCAGGCAUUUGGGUGUCUGUUCCCCAGAGCUAUGGUAGACCUACAGAAUGAAGAGAUCUGCAGUGGAGAGGAGAAGUUGGAGACUCUUCCUGCAUCUGUUUUUGAAAUGAGCAUGACUGGCCACAGCUACAGUGUCUACACAGCUGCCUUUGCAAUAGCACAUGCAUUGCAGGCCAUGCAUUCAUCUAGAUACAAAGGCAGAAUGAAAGUAGAUGGAGGAGUAAAGCUUCAGGAUCAAGAAUUAUGGAAGCUUAACCACUUUGUUAAGAGAAUAGUAUUUAAUAAUACUGUUGGAGAAAAGGUUUCCUUCAAUGAAAAUGGAGAGCUAGAGGCUGGAUUUGAUAUUAUAAACUGGAUCACAUUUCCAAAUCAGUCCUUUCAGAGAAUCAAAGUUGGAAAGAUAGACUCCAUGGCUCCCCAAGGAGAAGUGUUGAGGAUUUGGGAAGAAGCCUUCGUGUGGCCCAGCAGUUUUAACCAGGUGCAGCCCCUUUCUGUUUGUAAUGAUAAAUGCCCUUUGGGUUACCAUAAAGCAAAGAAGGAAGGGGAACCAUUUUGCUGCUAUGAUUGCAUUCUGUGUCCACAAGGGAAGUUUUCCAACCAGAUGGACAUGGAUGAAUGCCUUCAGUGCCCACAAGAUCAUUACCCAAACAUGGAACGGGAUUCAUGCAUGCCGAAGGACAUAAUUUUCUUGUCUUACGGAGAACCUUUGGGGAUCUCUUUGGCAGUUCUUGCUCUUUCCCUUUCUUUCACCACAGCUUUGGUGCUUUGGGUCUUUAUUAAACACAGAGACACUCCCAUAGUUAGAGCCAACAACCAGAACCUCACCUAUACUCUCCUCACCUCCCUCUUUCUUGCCUUCCUUUGUGCUUUGCUAUUCAUCGGUCGACCUGAGAAAGUGACAUGUCUCCUUCGACAAACAGCAGUUGGCAUCAUCUUUUCAGUGGCAGUUUCUUGUGUGUUGGCCAAGACAAUCAUUGUGGUCCUUGCUUUCAGGGUCACCAAACCAGGUUCCAGGAUGAGGAAAUGGGUGGGGAAACAACAGGCCACCUCCAUUGUUCUUUCCUGCUCCCUGACUCAGGCCGCCCUUUGUUGUGUAUGGCUGGCAACGUCUUCCCCAUUCCCAGAUUUUGAUAUGCACUCUGUGACUAAAAAAAUUGUUCUGCAAUGUAAUGAAGGCUCAGUCACCAUGUUCUACUGUGUCUUGGGCUUUAUGGGCUUGCUGGCCAUUGUCAGCUUCACUGUAGCCUUCCUAGCUAGGAAGUUACCAGACAGUUUUAAUGAAGCCAAGUUCAUCACCUUCAGCAUGCUGGUAUUUUGCAGUGUGUGGCUGUCCUUUGUUCCCACCUAUCUGAGCACAAGAGGAAAAUAUAUGGUGGCUGUGGAGAUCUUCUCUAUCUUAGCCUCCAGUGCUGGUUUACUAAGCUGUAUAUUUUCCCCAAAGUGUUAUAUAAUUCUGGUGACGCCUCAGCUGAACAGCAGGGAGCAGCUAAGAAGAAGAAAGGAUUGA